UCAAAUUAAAGGGGGAAGUCAUUUAUAUUACUUUUUUAUUUUAAAUCAAUCAAUAAACAAAUAUUUUCCUUUCUAAUAUCACUAUAACAUAUAUUUUGCCUUGAAAGAAGAAAUUAUUUUCUAUUUAAGAAAGGAAAGGACUUGUUUAUUAUUUUAAAAUACAAAACUUUCUGUUUAGCUUUCUUGUCAGUUGUUUUUUGAACUUUUGAAAGUUCUGUCCUGAGAGAGAGAGACCCUUGAGCUCCCAACUCUUUGCCUGUAAACCAUGGUUCUUCCUCAACGAAGACAAUCACCAUCUGAGUCUUCACCUCAAAAGGUCAACCGAGUUGGACUUACCAAAAAAAAGGAAAUGAGACUAGUUUGCUAUAAAAAUCCAAUGAAGACUGAGAACAAUAAACGAAAGAAAGUGAAUGUAGAAAGCUUGUACAAUGAUCCCAAAGCUGCAUCAUCACCUACAAUGCAACGAGCAUAUGAGGUUCAAGCAACUUUAGCUCCUGAGUUUCCUAGCAUGGUUAAACUUAUGCUCCAUUCUCAUGUUUCUGUUGGGUUUUGGCUGGGUCUUCCUAAAAAGUUCUGUGAUUUGUAUUUGCCAAAGGAAGAUACAAUGAUGGUUUUGGAAGAUGAAAGUGGGCAAGUAUGUGAUGCAAAGUAUCUUGCAUUGAAGGUGGGAUUAAGUGCUGGAUGGAGAGGGUUUUCAAUUGCUCAUAAUUUAGUUGAAGGAGAUGUUGUAGUCUUUCAUUUAGUAACUCCUAUUAAAUUUAAGGUGUAUAUCAUUAGAUCAAAUUGUCCUGAUGAAGUGGAUGGUGCUCUUGGGCUUCUCCAAUUAGAAGGUCACAUGAAACAGAUGACUGGAAACAUCAUUGCUUGUGAAAAGGAAACCGAAAGUUUAAAGCCUGAUGAUGUCUUGGAGUGCCCUCAUAACAACACACAAAAAACUACCUCCGGGACAUCAGAACAGUCUGAUAAAGACACUGAAGUUUUAGGACCUGAGGCUUUGGAUGGAAUUAGACUUUCAGAUGAGUCAGCUGUAAGCUUUGAUCAAGUGAAACAUUUAGAUGAUUUCAACAUUCUUGUUAAUGGUUUGAUCAUAAACUCUGAGCUUCCCAAAUACUUGUUGGCCAAGUACUACGAGCUCUGUUGUAGUCAGAAAGCAUUUCUUCACGAGAAUAUUCUCGAUGGCCUGAACUGUAAACUUGUUGCUGGGGUCAUAUCAGAGACAAUCAACAUAGCCGACGCCAUCAGAGCAAGCAAAAUCUCCAGCUCGGUCAAUGAUUUCACCACUUGGGAAAAGACCCUGAAAGCCUUUGAGGGGUUAGGCAUGAAUGUGGAAUUUUUGUGUUAUCGACUAGAGCAGCUAGUAAGUUUGGCUUCAAAAUCAAAGAGAUACGAAAAGGUCAAAGUUGAACACAAAGAUGCCAAGGAGGAGUUGCGGAACUUGGAGGCAAAGAUGUUGGUAGUAAAAGACAGAUUGAGUAAUCUUGAGACCGAGUUUGAGGCCGUUGGAGUUAAUUUUCAAGAUCUCCAGCUAAUGUUCAAAGAAGUGGCAACCGCUCCUUGGUGAUUACUGAUGAGGAAGCUUCAUUUUGUUGUCUCUUUAUUGAGAAUGCUUCAUAUGAAUGUGUCAAGUACUCUUUAGUCUAUACUAACUACAUGGUGAAGAAGGAAAUCUUUGUAUGAGGAGUAUAUAUAUAUUAAUAUAUACACGUAUAUAUAUGUUUUAAACCCAACUUUAAAUCUUUCUAAACAUAAAUGUACUUAUGGGGAAUGAUAGCAUAGCACCUUUCCUUUUCCUCUCCAUUGAAUCAA